UUUGAUGCGAUCUGAAGUGAGGCACUAUAUUUUUGACAUGUGUGACGUGUGUCAUGUAAUUCGUGUUUUUGAGGUUAUGUGAGUUGAAGUUAAAAAACAAUAGGAUUUUCGUUGGAAAAGAAUAUAAAAACCGAGAUUUGUUGUUAAUAAAGCAUUUUAUUUGAUGGCUGACAAUACACCUAAUCGCGAAUCUAAGAAAGAGCCAGUUAAUUCGUCUAAACAUACUCGCGUUCCGAGACAGCCCAAAAAGCCUGAACGAGGCGAAAACGUUUUGUACGUGUCCUCUAAAACAAAUUUUAAGGCUCAGUUAAAAAAAUGCAGCAAACUAACGAGCAACAGGGAAAAUGAAAUUAUCAUCUAUUGCAUGGGAGCUGCCAUUCAAAAAGGCAUACUACUAGCCCUACAGAUAUGCGAAGAAAAUAUCGCCUACAAGAUACACACUAAUACAUUAACUACAGAAUUAAUUGACGAUUUAGAACCCGCUGUAGACGAUGCGGACUACGACAUCCAGAAACGAUUCAAUUCAGCAUUAAGAAUCAAGCUCGUAAAUACGAAUUCGCUCGUUUCCACGACGGCUUAAAACAUGUUCUUCACGUUACACGAACUGAAGAAGUGGCUGGGCGUGACCGUAUUCGAAAUAUGGAUUUACCUCAUUUCAUUUCUAUUGUUCACCGUAGUGUUGGUAUUCAAAUACGAUCCAUCGGGUCCUAUAGAAAACAACGAUUGGUGGUUCAUAUUCUCGCCGCUGUUCGCGGGGGACGCGCUCAACGCGUAUUUUGUUAUAAUCAUAUUUAUUAGAAUGUUGCUCGAAACCGCCAUCAAAUCGUCUCUGGUGAGACUAAGCUGGUCCGGGACGGUGCUGUUGAUGUUGUUCCUGUUCAAAUACUUCUUGUGCAGACGAUUGUUGGGACAAGCCACACUGGAUUAUUCAGAGGUAUUCGUACCUAUAUAUAUUCUGUUGCAAUUGAUCGCUGUAAGGGCGUGCCAACAGAGUUAAGUUAGUAGAAAUAAAUUGUUUAUUGGUUUAACUGAUUAAAAUAAUCCGCAAUUAA